AAAAACUUAAGUCUUUCAAUUGCAUUCGAAUCAGCACAAUGGCAUCCGCUAGUGUGGUAUUAUUAUUAGUUGCUUUGAUAAGCGCAAUAUGCGCAGGUAGUUUUGCAACGCCCACACCCACUUUAAGGAUAAUUGGAGGUGCCGAAGCCGCCAAAGAUGAUUUCCCUUACAUGGUAUCUGUGCGUCUUGAUACAGCUCAUGUUUGUGGAGGUAGUAUUGUUGCACGAAACUAUAUUUUGACUGCAGCACAUUGUGUAUCAAAAGUCCAAACUACUCCAGUUGAUGUGAGUUCUGUCACGGUCCGUGUUGGCAGCAAGAACCAAUACGCUGGAGGCAAACUGCUCCCAAUUGAGGAAAUAUUCAUUCACAAAUCCUACGGAAGCUUUUUGUACGAUGUGGCACUAUUGAAACUGGCGACAAACUUGGAAUUGGGCCCUAAAGUCGAUAUUAUCGACUUGGCCAGUGAACCCGAUGUUGUUUUACCUGGAAAUUCAGUAGUGAUUGCUGGCUGGGGCCGUACAGAAACAAGUGGAACAAAUGCCUACAAGCUUCAACAUGGGGAUGCAGCCGUCAUAAGUGCUUCGGAUUGUGAAAAUUCGAUUGGAUACGGAUAUCCGUCGGUUUUGUGCGUUCAAAAUAAGCUUGGAAAAGGCGCUUGCAAUGGUGACGCAGGUGGUCCAGCUGUUUAUAAAAAUAAACUUGUUGGUGUUGGAAACUUUGUGAUAGGGGCAUGUGGCACUAAGUAUCCUGAUGUUUAUGCUAGAGUUACAUACUUUGCAGAAUGGAUUAAUUCAAUUAUUAAGCCUCAAUGAAUAAAGUAUUAACUUAAGGAUUAAAGUCUAAUAAAUGAAUAUAUUGUUUGUUGGUGAACAAUAAAAUAAUAAACCUAA